UCUCUCUCUAGAGAUCUCUGCAAGAAAUUAAUUUUGAAUUCAAUAUUCAAUGUUCAUCACACACUUAACUGCAUUUCCUUCUUAAGUUUAUCCCUCUCUCUCUCUAUAAACAACAACUUCUGCAACUAAAUCCAUAUUUGAAAUCAAUGUCAUGGUCAAGUAGCAUCUCUCUUUGACAGACACUUCCAUUCACCAAUCUUCAAUCCAUUGGUUGGAAAUACAAUAGCUGAAAAAAAAACAAGUUUAUUCUCGUGAACAAUGAUGAUGAUGAAGAUGAAGAAAAAACUGGCUUGCUGCACUCGUCACAAGGAGAUAAGUCUUGACUUUGAUGAACAAGAAAGAAUAAUGACAUACAAUGGUUUGGAGAGCUUCAUAAUCAACAAUCACUCCUACGAAAAUGAAAGUUCCACAAGCCGAGGAGAAGGAUGUGCAACUGACUCUCUAGAUGAAGAUGCAUCAAGUUGUUCUUCAAGCAAUUACAUUUUCGGAUCAUUCUCUUCCCAUUCAGCUAUGAUGAAGAGGGACGAAGAAUGGGAAGUUAGGAGAGACAGUCCAAAGCAUUUUCGCGUGGAAGAUAAUGAAACUAAUCAUGUUGCAGAUCUCGAAACAAUGAAAGAAAAGUUUGCCAAGUUAUUAUUAGGAGAGGAUAUUACAGGGGGAAGGAAAGGGAUAUCUACUGCUCUGGCUUUGUCUAAUUCCAUAACAACUCUUUCAGCAUCGCUGUUUGGGGAGCUCUGGAAGUUAGAACCAUUGCCUGAGGAAAGAAAGGGAAGAUGGAAAAGAGAAAUGGAUUGGCUGCUCUCGCCCACAAACUAUAUGAUCGAAUUAGUCCCCACCAAACAAAAUGGUGCCAAUGGGCGUACUUUCGAGAUCAUGACUCCAAAAGCUCGUGCAGACAUCCAAAUGAAUCUUCCUGCUCUUCGAAAGCUCGAUUCUAUGCUCCUUGAGACAUUGGAUUCAAUGGAUGGAACUGAAUUUUGGUACGAAGAACGAGGAAGCAGAGGCGAGGGAAGGAACAAUAGAACCGAAAGACAGAGCAAAAGGUGGUGGUUACCAUCGCCACAGGUACCGUCAACAGGCCUUUCAGAGUCUGAAAGGAAGAGAUUAUUAUACCAUGGCAAAGUUGUUAGGCAAGUAUUUAAGGCUGCAAGAUCCAUCAAUGAGUCUGUUUUACUUGAAAUGCCUGUUCCUACUCUUAUCAAAGAUGCAAUGCCAAAGUCUGGAAAAGCAAAUCUUGGCGAGGAGUUGUAUAAGUUGUUGAGCAUAGAAGGCAUGACAGGUGAGGAGAUGGUGAAUUCCAUAAACUUGAAAUCGGAGCAUCGUGCUCUUGAGAUGCUGAACAAGUUGGAAGCAGCAGCAAUGGUAUGGGGAGAUAGAAUAAUAACGAGUCAUGAGCUGCAAGACGGUUCUAAUGAUCAUAAUUACAAUAUUAAGUCUCCUAUUCGCACAUCAUGGUCAUCUUUUAUGAUGAAGGAUCCAUUAGCUGAACUUGACAAGAAGGAGUUUUUGAUGGGUCAAGCCAAUGCUCUUAUAAAACAACUUCAUAUCACAUUUCCUAACCUUCCUCCCACCUUUCUUCAUGUCAUCAAAAUACAAUAUGGCAAGGAUGUUGGACAUUCAAUAUUGGAAGCAUAUUCUAGGGUACUUGGGAACUUGGCUUACAAAAUACUCUCAAGAAUAACCGACAUUCUUAAGGAAGAUAUAUUCAUGAGCAAUCCAAAUUCGCCAAUCCCGACACCUGGCUUUCGAGGAAUCGAUUUUCCUGAAACGUUAGAUAGUCCUGGUCCUGGUGAAAGAAUGAGGCAUUCUCUAACUGAUGAGAUGAACCGGGCAGUUGGUGUGUUUCAAAACUUCGAUAAACUUGGGAUUUCAUGUGACGAACCGAAGUUGGUUGGUUCAGUGUUGGGGACACCUAGCCGAAGCCGAGCAUGGUGCAUGGGCAAUAAUAAUAUAUAGUUAGUAUCAAGAAUAGUAAUAAAAUAUGUAUAUGGUUGUUUUGCAAUUAAUUACAACAUUAUUGAGUUUUGUUUAUUUAAAUGAUCAAUGAGUUUCAACUUUUAUGGA